AUGUCGAAUGCCCCCCCACAAUGUCGCAAGAGUCGACGAUCUACGACAAAGAAUUUGCCUGUCAUUCGACAGGAGGGGUACAAUAUCGCUGGAAAUCCCUCUACCUCACAGCUAGGUAGCACAAGCGAUGUACCACGACAUAUACGCUAUGAUACUGACUCCGCCCAAAUCGUCUACCAAAAUCCGGACCAGCAACACCAGCUCGUGCACAAGCACCAGCAACACCAGCUCGUGCAUGAGCACCAGCAAUACCAGCUCAUGCACCAGCACCAGCAACACCAGCUCCCGCACCAGCACCAGCAACACCAGCUCCUGCACGAGCACCUGCAACACCAGCUCCCGCAUGAGCACCAGCAACACCACUAUUAUGGACUUACCUACCCUUCCACGAGCAGAACAUCUUUUCCUCCAAGUUUUUGCGGCGAGGUUAGCCGCCAGGCUCCCAAAUUUCAAGUGGCCUAUAGCCUAGCGCCAAUGCGCUUCCAGGAGGAAGAGUUUAUGGAUGGUGUUGUGUAUAGGGUAGGAGAAUCAGGCAUCCAAAGGAGAAUCACACGAGAAUACGCCCUCCCCCCAGUCAGGCCACCACGAGUGGUAGGUUCUGUGUCAGAUUCGUCUGGAGUAUCCGCAUCUACAUCAGUGCCGGUGUCAAUGUCCGCAUCAGCGGCAGGAUCAAUGUCUGCGCCUGCACCAUCAGUUCCCGCGCACAUUCCAGCGCCUGCACCAUCAGUUCCCGCACACAUUCCAGUGCCCACACCAUCAGUUACCAUGCAAAUUCCAGCCCCCAAAUCGGUUGUGUAUUCACAUAGUACAGUAACUUAUACCCGUAUUAGACGGACAGCUGAGGGUGACAAUGUAGCAAUAGAGGCGGUGUAG